GUCUAUAUAAACCUCCAAUAAUAACUGGAUUAAUUAUAUUUGAGAAAGAAAAAUUAAUUUUUUGGAAACGUAUUUCAAAAUACACAUCACAGGAAGAAACAAUAAUGCAAAUGCAUGUUUUCUUGCGUCAUCAGAGAUUGAGAAAACUCGAUAAUAUUUUGGACCACGUUAUGAUUGGCGGUAGUAACACUAAUCUAUAGGUUGUUAUCACACCGAUAAGGUUGCCGGAGUUCCUAUCAGGUAGCCAUAUUUUUGAUACAAUAUAUAGGUGAUCGAUAUAUUGCCACAUAGUUCUCAGUAAACGGCUAUCAUGAGAUGGAGUUAUAAUCUCGGUGCUGUUUUCCACGAUAAUUCCUAUUAAAUUCCUUUUUCAAGUAUCGGAUCUUUAACAAAUAUUUAUUGUUAAGUAACUAUCUGCGCGACGUUGAAAAAAAAGUGAUACUUAAAAAUCUUGUUUUCGCAAGAACUUUCUUCAUAUUUCAACUAUUAGUGAUUAGACCGCUAUUAUUGGUUUGUUGUAUUUAGUUUUCGGUGCAUUUAAUAUCGGUGAAUUGUUUUGCAAAAUUAAUUUUUCGAGAAAUUUUAAAGAUAUACAAGUUUAUCGUGUUAUAUCGUAUAAAGGACUUGGUCAGAUUUUUUUUUCUGUAUUUUGUUUAAAUUCGCCGGGAAACAAGACUCGUGUCAUAGAGUCAUUGUAAAAGGAUAUGCGAUGACCUUUAAGGGCAAAGUACACGUUAGAUUUUCAAGGAAAACGUGCAUGAAAUACGGAUUUAUCGUGCCUGAAAAAAGAUUUACGUAUUAAAGCAAUACACUAAAUCGUGAAGGAAUUUCUUUGGUUGGCUCCUCAAUGAGUCAGCUAACGGCGGUACGUUUUUAACUUCGACUGAAAAAGCCGUAGGAGAUUUCUCAACUUUUGUAUCGACUACGGAAACCGUACGUUCGUUAAUCGAGACGAAAAGAAAAAAGCGAGAAAAAUGGCAGCCGGAUAUGACGAUUGUUACGACGCUUCUUGGCAUUUGAUACCGCCCGAUUAUGUCAGCAACGAGGAGGAUUACAGGCUACUGGAAAGUAUGAAAAUGCCGGCUAGAACCUCCGGUUUCGCCAUCAGUGACAUUUUGGAGUUGAACGAUGCCAAACCAUCGCAAGAAGAACAAGAUGUGCAAGGUACUACAACGGUUUUACCAACAGCCAAUGACGUGCCGUCGGCUUACCAGCAAUUUCUGGAGCACACAACCGCCAUGUUGCAACCUAUGCACGCUAAUCUGAAUAGGGGUACGCUACCACCGCCUCCACCAGGAUUAUUAGGAUGGCCAACUGGACCAGCACUACCGUCGGCAUUACCUCAACCUUUGGAGGAAGUAAAUGUCCUUCAACAACCGGAUUCGACGAGCCCGGCGAUCUCGGAUAUGUCGUUCCCGUCGCAGCAGGAAAACAGUCACGAGUCAUCGAAGGACGAAGAGUCACAGGACUUCGAGGACGAGCAGCAAACCGGUAACGAGACGACGCAACCCCACGAGACCGAACACAAGAAACGCAAGCGACGCGUGCUAUUCUCCAAAGCACAGACUUUCGAGCUGGAACGACGUUUCCGUCAGCAACGUUAUCUGAGCGCGCCCGAGCGAGAGCACUUGGCCUCUAUCAUUCGCCUCACGCCGACCCAGGUGAAGAUCUGGUUCCAGAAUCACAGGUAUAAGACGAAGAGGGCGGCGAGCGAACGCGUCGAGGCCGGCGGCAGCGGCUGUUCACCCAGAAGAGUCGCCGUGCCGGUGCUGGUGAGAGACGGCAAACCUUGCCAAUCCAAGCUGAUGGAACCUACCGCCUAUCCUGGAAGCGGUCAAGUCCCUAUGGGACCGUACAUGCAGAAAUAUUGGUGGUAAGGUAGCUAACCUAGCUAACUGUAAUGAAACGAUUUGAAGCAAUCCGUGGUGAUUCACGCUAAUCGAUGAUUAUUGCGCGAGUCGAUAGCAAUUGCCGAUGAAGAGACUAUUGCGACGAAAAGUCAUAAAGACUGAGGCGAUAGAUAAAGAAGAAAUUCAAGCUGAAAGUCAUGAAAGAUUUCAUGGCAGUGAUGUUGAAUCUGUUAAAAGGCGUUCGCAGAUUUUUGAUAAUAUACGAUAAUGAUGAUACUUAUAAAUCGUUAUAAUCGUCAAUAUCAUCGAUACUGUGUGUAGAAGAAUGAAAAAUUAACUAGUGAACAAGUAUUAGUUGAAAAUGAUUGACGAAAUUAAUUUUGGGACAUUGGUUCUUACGUUCGACUUCUAGUGUAUAACUGGUGCAUAUCUACUUAAACUCUUCAUGCAAUGAAAUUACAGAUAUAGUUAUAUAAUAAAAAGCUAAAUUAUUUCUGAAUUUGACGACGUGUUUAAUCAUCGGAUGUAUUUUAAAAAACGCAUCGGACUUUCCAAAGUAAAAUUGGAUGAAGUACGACGUUUUACGAAACACAUUUUCAAAAAUGUUUAAUAGGCACAUUCAACGAAUCCAAAGCAGAACUAAAAUCAUUUAUUACAUUAUUCGUGCGCGAUAAAUAGCCCGUCAAAGAUAAAAGAAAAGUUAAAAGUAUCAAUUUUCUUUAAAUAUAAAUUUUUCUAAAUCUUUCUAUCAAUAUACCCGUUAUCCAAUUAUCUUUGAACUUUCGUCAUGAUGCUAGAAAACGAAAAUUGGAAAACGUUUUGCGAUAACAAUAGAUAUUUGUUUAAGUUGAUGUAUUUUUUCGAUAAUUGAUGAUUUGUUAUAAUGAAUAUACGCCAAGAUUUAGCAAACAAAACAGCAUAAUUUCGAAAAUUCGGAAAAACUUAGACAAUUAUGGGUAAGUAUAUCUCUUACAUGCAAUGCAAAGAAACCUAAGAAAGUUAAUUGAUCUAUGUACAACUAUACCCUGAAAAAUAUUACAAUGGGAUUUUAAUCCCAUUCCUUAAAACGAGUAAACAUCGCGACUAUUUAGUCACUUGUGUAGAAUACUUAAUACAUAUGCACAAUCGUUUACUUUAAAAAACAAAAUGUUGAUAUUGAUAAUUCAAAAAUUGAUAAACCUUUAAAGGUAUAAUCAAGUGCUGUAGAUAAUUAAAAACAUAAUUUGUAAUUUCUUCAAUUGAAGAUAAAUGAUAUCUAACAAUGCGGUCACUUGAAAGAUUUUACGACAAGUGUUGAUAUUUAUAAAAAAAUUAGAGUAUGAAUAUUGGCAGAAACCAAAGAUCGCUUUCGCGUCUAAUGAAUUAGUUUGACGUAAAUAGGUAAAUAAUUAUAAAUAUAAAAAGCAUGUAGAAAAAAGCACAAUUCUUAUGAGUUCUGGUUUGCGAUAAAAUUAAUUGCAACUGCAGUAUCUUAUCGUUCUUGACUCACUAAUCAAAAGUCUCUAUAAAAUGGUUAUAGUUACAGCCAUUUAAAAUGUUAUAUUUUAUUAUUAUUUUAGUAAUAUUCCAAGUUAAAAAAUAUGAGUGUUAAAAACUAUAAUAUAUUACAGUCAAUUAAACCGAGAGCCAAAAUCCAUAAGAAUUAUGCGGAGUCCUUUCACUAGACGAUAUCGAUGUCGCAUUCUUACGAAAUAAGCUAUUUGUACAAACUGUUACACAUUAUAAUGACUCACGUAUGUAGAUUUCAAAUUAGUCCUUAAAACGUGUGUCACAAGAAACAAUAUCUCAUAAGUGCAAAGAGUUUCAAUUGAAUCAUAAAAUGCAUAAGGUCGUCUAAUAGUGUCGUCUUCAUAUUGCAUAAUUCACGCGCAUUUAACUCUUUCUGAAAAUCCGCACGAAAAUGGAUUACUGCCACAAUAGAUCGAGAUCGAAUUUAUAGCUCAAUUAUGAUCUAUUAAUUCGAACGUCAAAAAAUUUCUAUGACAUAGGCAUUUCUUCACGAUUCAUAUACAUAGCUAAUAUAAACUAUGCACGGUUUUUCUUCGUGUCGUCAAAAAAUUUGCAAUAUAUGUAUUUGAUAAAAUUUCAAAGUAGAGAAUUUUAUACUUGCAAGAUAGAGUUACAUAAUUUUGUGAUUUCUGAUAUUUUUCAUGUCUCGUAAUAGAUUUUGUAUAAAAAAAGAAGCAGAGACUUGUUUUUAAAUGUACUUAAUGAGUACGUAAUUUUUAUAGCGUACAAUAGAGUUGAAUAUUUGUAUCAAAAUAAAGAUCAGAAAAAAAUUUAUUCCGAUAGAUAUCAAUGUGUUUGUUAAUAAUUUAUAUAAAUAAAUACGUACUUUGAAAAAUAUUAGAAAUUUAAUUGAAAGAAAAAAAAUUUGCUACAAGAGCAAAAUUUUGUUGAUAUUAGAUUAGACUUUGUAAAUCACUAUUUUAAAUUUAAAAUAUUUGAAUCUUAAAAUAAUGUGUUUGUAUUAUACUAAUAUAAUAAUAUGUUUCACAAUUAUUGUAAUAUUACAAUAAUUAAAUUAUAUGCGAGGUCCUAACACUGCGCGAGCAAUCACAGAAAUAUCCCAAUGUUUCAUCCUUACUUAAUUAAUUAUUGUAGUUGUAAGCUGUAUAUAUGUACAUUGUGUAUAAUAUAUAGUAAACUAAUAUAUCAGAAUAUUUAAUAAAUCUGGAUCUUAA